UGUGGCCGGGCCGCUUCUGAAAAAGAGAUAUACAUUAUAGGUCAGUGGGCCUUACCUGGUAAAAAUAAAAAAAAUAGUUUAGUUUGAGUUUAAGACAUUUUUGGGCUAAGGCUGUUUGCCUCCUGUUAGCUACAGUCCAAUACUUUUGGCGAAUGUUUUGUUUUAUAUUGAGUGUUUGCAUUAUAUCGUUUAAAAAUGCAAGUCAGUGUUAAUCUUACUGACCCAAAAAAAUAGCAACUUGAAGUUCACACUAGAAUAAUUACAAUGCCUUCAUUGCAAUAUUAAUGUUGCUAUAUUUAUGAUAAUGAUGCGUGUAAAAGCUUCAUAAUAUCCAGACAUUUUCAUUGACAUGUUUGUCCAAUUCCCACAAUAAGGAGUGUUUAAUCGCAGGUCUCCUUUGAAAAAUAGCCUUGUGGGCUCAAUGGGUGCUCUUAUUCGGUUACAUCAUCAUCUAUUUACAUCAUAAAAUACUAAACCAUAAAACCAAUGCAAUAGCAUUAACGAAUGUAAUGCAAAGUUUAAUGUACAGCCCUUUGUCAUCCAUUACUAGAUGACCCACCCCAACUGGAUACUUGUGAACAAGAGCUUUGUAGCGCAUUGGAUUCCUCCAAUAUUAAUAAAUAUUAUGAUUCAAUGCCUUUCGGUUAAGGCGGUUGUUUUCCUGUAUAGUACUCCCAUCACGCUGGCCAGUGCAGGUUGGUGGAGGGAGUGACCCAAUACUGGUUUAAAUAUCACUCAUCACAGAUGUUAGCUGUGGCCGGGAAUUAAACUUCGAUUUCCAGUUGAUACCACAGUGUGCAGACCACUAUGCCACCACUCCCCCAUCAUAUAAUACUGUAGUAACUAGAUUCCAGAUACUGGACUGUAAUUUCAUGGAAUUAGGUGCUGUGAUGCAAUCUUGGGGCACUGCUUGUAUAUUGUGCCGUUUGCAAGUUCCUCUCCACAUUGAAUUUUGCUGCUGGUCCUCACAAGUGACUUUGUGUGACUGUCACGAGGUCACCCACGUGAGAUCUUCAACUUUAUGGGUCUAAAGGUGAAGCCAUGCAUUCAUGAAGGAGGUCAAAGACCUCAUUUAUUGACCAAGUGGCUCUGUUGGUGGGGUUAGGAAUCGGGCUGGGACUACCAGGUUUGUCCAUUUUAAGCGUGGUCUACACAAUAAGACUCUUUAGCAUCCCUAAUCGACCAGCUCUGCAAAAACUACAAUAAAUAGACAGAAUGCCAAUUAUGCUUAAUAUAGUAAUGCACUGCAACGUUUGACUUUUAAAAAAUAUUUGCCUGAGUAAUUAAGCAUAACUGAAAAGACAGCGCUUCUAAUUGCAAGUAAUGUACCGUCAAUUUGUUCUGGUAGCCCACAUAAAAGGGGCCAAAUGCAUUUCAUAUCAAAAGGCAUUAGCAUGAGUAAACUUAAUUUACUUACCUUUCCAAUUAGUUGGCAAAUGGAUUUAACUUUGGUCCAAGCUCUGGCGUGUUACACAUUCCCAAUCCACUGCUGGACAAUAAACUUUCGAUGCUGACAGUUCUACCUCCGUGCUUGUGUAAGUGCAAUAAAUUCCAUGAGUUGGGGAAGCAUUUCCUCCGUGAGGGCCAAAUAGGACUUUGAAAUAUAUUUGGUAAACCGCACAUUUUGUAAUUAUACAAUAAGAAUACAAAAUAUGGUGAAGGCUUACCUUUACUACACACAUUGAUGUCGGGUCACAGUUGCAACAUAGGCACGCGGCUAAGAUACCUGCGGUGAUAAGUAUAAUUUGUGACCCAUUUUUAAUGUUGGGCCGCAUGUAGCUGCAGGCCAUAUGAAGCGGUCUGGCCUAUGGGCCAUCGGUUCCCCAAUCCUCCCAUUCAACAUCAUCAGCCCAGAUCAGCCCACUGCUGGUUGGAGGCCUCAAAUCAUAGCCAUCUCUCACGGUUCUGCCAUACACUUUACUGUAUUAAAAGCCAAGACAUCUGUUGCAGGAACCUGGUGGUGUAGGGUUGGCGGCAACAGGGUGGUGCCAUGGCAGCCUUUGAACGCCGGCGUUUUCGCGAUGCUCGCCACUCCAGCACGCUGCUGCGCCUGCUGAACGACCAGCGCAUGGAGGGCGGUGCGCUGUGCGACGUCUCGGUGAUCGUCGAGGGCGUGUGUUACCCCGCGCACUGCUGUGUUCUGGCUGCGUGCAGCUCUUACUUCCGUAGGCUGCUGUGCGGCCACCCAGGCACAGACCGGCCGGCUGUCCUGCAGCUCGACUUUGUGCGCCCGGCCGUGUUCGAGGCCGUUCUCGCUUACAUGUACACGGCCGAGAUCAGCGUCCAGCCCGAGGACCUCGAGCUGGUAGUGGCGUCCGGGCGGGCGCUCGGCGUGGCCUUCGUCGAUGAGAUCUGUGCGGAGAAGCGCGGUGCGUUGUGCGAGGGCCACUCCUGCCAGCCGAUGCCGUCGUCCGUGGCAGGGUCCGCUCCGCGACCCAUGCCGGUUUCACCAUCGGAGGGACGACGCAAAGCGCGCUACCCCUACAGCAUCAGCGAUCGCAUCCACCGGCCCGUCAUGGCACCCUGCAGGCGUCGCUCGCAUGACUGCCUGGAGGCGGAGAAAGGGCAGGGAGCCGCUGCCAUCGUCGUGAGCGGGCCCUACUCGGGCAGCCUUGGCGAAGCGCUGGGCUCUGGAGUGAGCGGCCAUGGCAGCAGCUGCGAGCACGCGUGCGGCGUAAGUGGCGGCCUCUACCGCUGCAGCACACCGGGAGCCCUCGCCGGCCCUGUGGCGCUCGCCUCUGUGGCCGAGCAGUCACGCCACCACCACCACCACCACCGUCACCUGAUGCCAAGCGAGCAGGACUUCCUAGGCGGAGAGGACAUGGACGCGCUGCGCAAAGCUGCCGUGGACUCGGAGGCCACAGAGAACCUGGACUACUUCGUGGGUGUUGGUGGCAGCGGCGGCGGUGGUGGCGGUGGUGGCGGAACGUACUUCUGCGAGCAGUGCGGUCGUGCGUUCUCGUCCGAGCCGAGACUGCGUGCUCACGAGCAGCACCAUGUUGCCGAGCGGCCAUUCACGUGCGUCAUGUGCGACAAGGCCUACAUGCAGCAGCCCCAUCUCAGAGAGCACAUGAAGCAGGUGCACAUGGGCCUGAAGCCGUUUGCGUGCACGCGCUGCGGCAAGGCGUUUGCGCGGGGGCCCGACCUGAAGAAACACGAGCGCGUCCACACCAACGAGCGCCCCUUCAUGUGCCCGCUCUGCCUCAAGGCGUUCAAGCACAAGUCGCACCUCAAGGACCACGAGCGGCGGCACCGCGGUGAGCGCCCCUUCGUGUGCCGCGUCUGCCUCAAGGCGUUCGGGAAGACGUCGGACCUCAAGCGGCACCUCAACACGAUGCACGGACAGCACGCGUCGCCCCUGUCGCCAUCGCAGCUCAUGGGAGGAGGAGGAGGAGGAGGCGACGGCUCGGACAUUUCUCACAUCGCUGGGGCUGCAGUGCUUUAGCUUCUUGCCAAGAGGAGCCUCUGCAAUAUUUUGAGAAGUACAGGGCGGGGGUUUAUGAACUUGUAAACUUAAAACAAUGUGUCAAGUAUUAAACCAAGAUUUUUCUAAUUCGACUUUUAAAAUGAUUAUAAUAUAUUCUUACUGUGUAGGUUUUUCGCAGUUGUGCUGUAUAACUCUCCAAUGUGUUUUCGGGGUUGUGUUGUACCUGUUCGGCAUGACGUCCGCUUCGCGCGUUGGGAGCAGUGUUAGAAACCGAAACUUCUUUGGGAACGAACUCCCAGCACGUAAAGCGAAACGUCAGACGUGGUGCUGGACAACAUACGGUACAACCCGAACACACAUCGGAGAGCAAUAAUAUAUUAUUUUUCUACUUAAUGCACUCGACAUUGCUCUUUCGUUUUUGUGAGAAUUUAAUGUAGAGAUUACCAGGUGUGAAAAUGUCAGAAAUGUAACAUUAUUUGGUUAAAGUUGUGCCCUGAAGCUUUAUUGCUCUGCGUUUUCUCUUGACUCGCGAUGUGUUUUUUGAACAAACUUUAGCUUUGAAGUAAUUAUAUAACUGUUAUGAAUUUUGGUUUCACAAGUGGCCUAUGCCCGAGUCAUUGGAUUUGUAAUUAAUGAAGAAACUUUUAACCAUAUGAUCUCGCAGUGGAAAUUAAAUUGUUAGAGCUUCUUGCAGAACUUCAGGCAUUAUUUAAAAUGUUAUUUAAAAUGUGAUAAAUGUGUGUACAGUAAUUUUAGAUAGGUAAUUGUACAGACUUGUGCCGAUUACAUGGAUUUAAAAAUAUAGUUUAUAAAUAUUUACAUUUUAUCCAUCUGCUUGCUAGGUUCAAAAUGCGGGGGGGGGGGGAACGAUUUAUUGGACUGACACUUUUGAUUUGCUGCCAGUACCAAGCUCCAUUAAAAAGCAUAACCAUCUAGGUGCGGUAUUAAUUUUUUGUCGGCCUUUCACUGCUACAUUUCUUUAUUUUAAUUGUAAAGGUUAAAUUGUGGUAGCUUGGCAGAAUUGAUGGCCGGGUGAAAUAUAAUAAGCAUAUUAUAACACUAAAUACUUGCAGAACAUUACUUAAAUUUUAGGAGGGUCCUGUAUUGGGAUGGUUGGUAAAUACGGUUGAUGAGCGGGAUGGUUUAAUGUGCGCAAAAACUGAAGAACCCAGAGAAAGUCGUAUAUACAAGGGUCUGACACGUCGCAUGUAAUCUUCUGACCGUCUGGCAGCCCCAUGCCUACAUCACCUGGCAAUCUGUGCUGGUCUCCCAUCCUAUUACUACGAACCGAGCUCAACCCUGCUUGGUUUUCAAGAUCUGAUGAGAUUGGGCUGUAUCUAAGGUGAUUUGGACACGAACAUUUGUUAAAAUGUAUUAAAUAGGAUUUCAGUUAAGAGUUAUGUUGUGGUUAAAAUGAUAACAUUCAAUCCACUUAAUUAGAGCAUAUAUAAAUCUACACGUUAAAUGUACAUUUUUAUUUAUAUUGAGUACCUGCACUGGCUAACAUGAGGCACUGCACUAAUUGUGUUAUUGGCAUCGUCUGAGAUGACGCCUCUUGUCUAAACACUUGAGGCAUACGGCAGGAAGCCCCCCCUUGUCAAGCCCAGAAUGCCUCCAUUUGAAGACGCGGCCCCCAAUUUCACGCGGCUUUGGCGAGUAAAAUUGAAACGAGCUUAAUUAAUGUUCCAUUUACAAAUACUCACGGCUGUGCCUGUGGUAGAGCACUUUCGUUCUAAAUGUUGAAAGAGCACUUCUGUGAAGCAGCACUUAUGUGUUUAGUAUUCGGGAGGGUAAAUGCAUUUGUGUUUGCUCUUUCCCAUAAUGUCUUGGUGUACACUUUGGCAAUUGUGCAGCCUGACUAUGUAUGUGCUUAUGAACGCUAAAAGCAUGAAAAGCGGAGUGUCCACGUUUGUCGUUUUAAGUUGCUGCCAUUUAAAAUGUUGAUUUUGAAGAGCUGUCAACUGGACAGCAGCUAAGAUGUUUAUAAAAAAAAAAAUUAUCCUUUCUCUGUACAUUGUACUGUUAUUUUCUUCAUGUCAACAACAUAUAAGCUGCAUCAGAUGAAAUAUACUAUUGCUGACGUUUAACGAGCUCUCCAUGUUAGCUAACGGGCAGAUAAUUUUCAAAAAGGAUUUGUGCUCUAAUGUUAAGUCUGUUUACGUUGUUUUGAUAUUGAAAGGUACAUGAAAUUAAACGUUUGUUGUGUCCAUUAUACAAAAUGUACAUUCCAAAGUGUUUUUUCUUGAGCAGAACACAAAGCCAGUGAUAAAAAUUGUAUUUACAUUCCUCCUAACUGAAUCUGAGGUUUUGUUCGUAUCCAUUACAGCGAACUCACGUGAGUGAAUUGUGCAUUGGUAUUAGGGUGAUUGGUGAGGAAGUUUUUUUUUAUGUUUGUUAGUGGUUUAAUCCCAGGAUUUCACAUUCACCAGUGCAUCAGCAGAUGCUUGUGUUGUACUUCACUGGAGUAAGGCGACUAGUGCAUGUGGCUAAUAUGACUGCAGAGGUUAAAAGUUUGAUUCCAGUAUAAAAAAUAUGUCUAAUUUUGCUUGGGUUUAAAAUUGGUAUUCCAGAAAAAAAUUCUAUCUGGAAAUUAAUUAUUUUUUAUACUGUACCAUUGAAUUUCUAACUGGAACCAAUAUUUCGUACAGUAUUUAAAUUAGAGUUUUAUCGUUAAUUGAUAAAAUGACCACAAAUAACCAAAUGUGUGUCAUUAAGGAAGAACAUUUCUUGUAGCUUUAAGAGCACGGUUGAGUACAUAUGGUGCGAGAGAAGUUCAAAAUACAUAUGCAGUAUCACCAUUAAUAUCAAUGGUCUAACUAUAAAGACACAAUGUUAUCCGUUACUGUUUGUACAUACAACUCUUAAUUCACCCUUGGUUGAAUGACUAAAUAAUUUUAUGUGUCCAGUCCGCUGUAGUUACGUAAAGUUGGAAAUUAUCAGAUGUAUGAGAUUCACGUGAACAAAUAAAUAUACUUUGCUACUUAGCUAAAUAUAA